AUGUCGCGCCGCCCCUCGACGGACGUCGAAAAGGACACUCCUAUUACGGAGAAGUUCGAGCACAACACCAAGGAGGACGUUCAAGAUGGCCGCAUUCUUGCCUUCACGCCCAAAGAGCAGAAGGCCAUUUUCCGCCGUGUUGACAUACGCUUGGUGAUCACGCUGGGAGUUCUAUACUGCAUCAGUUUGAUGGAUAGAACGAAUCUGGGUGCAGCUUCUGUUGCUGGGAUGCAAGUAGAGCUGGACAUGAACGCCAAGAACAACGGCUACACCUUGGUCUCCCUUGUCUUCUUCCUCACCUACACUAUAUUCCAAGCACCAGCAACCGUCUUGAUUCGCAAGCUUGGCCCUCGCAGCUUCCUUGCUGCCAUCGUCGUUUUCUGGGGCGCAACCAUGAUAGGUUUUGGCUUCGUGCCCACCUGGGAAGUCAUGCUUGCCCUUCGCCUCAUUCUCGGUGCCCUUGAAGCUGGAUUUUAUCCCGGCUGUGUUUACCUCAUGAGCACAUGGUACCCUCGGUUUGAACUCCAGAAGCGUAACGCUGGAUUCUACCUAAUUGGAAGUGCUGCGGCUGGCUUUGGCGGUAUUUUGGCCUAUGGUCUUAUGCAGAUGGAUGGGCUUGCCGGCUUGUCAGGAUGGCGAUGGAUUUUCAUAAUGGAAGGCCUCCUGACCUGCGUUCUCGGGAUCGGGUCAUACUUCAUUAUCGUUGACUUCCCAGAGGAUUCCCCCAAUUCAUGGAGUUUCCUCAACCAAGACGAAGCUGAUUUCAUCGUCGCACGUAUCGAGAAGGACCGUGCCGAUACGGUUGUAGAGCCAUUCUCCGUUUGGGGUUACCUCAAACAUGCCGGUGAUAGCAAGGUCUGGGCUAUGGCCAUGCUUUAUCUGCUCACUACUACGAAUUCCUACUCCAUCGCGUACUUUUUGCCCAUUAUUCUCCAGAAGGGUAUGGGCUUUUCUGUUGCGAAGGCACAAUGUCUGGUAGCGCCACCAUAUGUUGCCGCUGCUAUUGUGAUGUAUAUUCAAGCCAUAUACUCCGAUAAAUGGCGCAUGAGGGGCCCGGUCAUUGCAGGUAACGCGUUGAUGGGUAUUGUCGGCCUUAGCCUCCUUGGCUACAUGAAGGGACCUGCCGUCCGCUAUUUCGGAGUUUUCCUCGCUACAAUCGCAUGUAACGCCAAUUGUCCCGCAUUAGUCACAUACCAAAGCAACAAUGUCCGUGGUCAAUGGAAACGAGCCCUCACCUCUGCGACCCUCAUCGGCGGCGGUAGCAUUGGUGGAAUCGUCGGCACAACCGUCUUCCGAGCCAAGGAUGCUCCCAACUACGGUCCUGGAAUUCUUGCCGGUUUGAUCGCAAAUGCGUUGAUUGUUAUAAUUGUCGCAUUGUUAACCCUCAAGUUCUACAGAGCUAAUAAGCGUGCUGCUGCUGGUGGAAAGAUUAUUGAGGGGCUUGAAGGUUUCAGAUAUACUUACUAG